AUGGAAAUGAAAAAUUUGACUGGAGGUGAAAACCUGCAAACAAUGGCAGAACUUUUCAGCUCUGUGGAAUUUACUGGAGAGGUACAUGGCGAGCUCGUUUUUCUCUCUGUCAUUAACACUUUUUUGUCAAUUACAGCAUUUUUGGGGAAUACUCUGAUCCUAGUUGCCCUUCGCAAGGACGCAUCAAUUCAUCCGUCAUCAAAACUCUUGUAUCGUAACCUAGCGAUAACUGAUCUUUGUGUUGGUAUCGUUGUCGAGCCUCUGUACGUUGCUUAUGGGACAUCUGUGGUGAACGAAAGAUGGGAUAUCUGCCAUUACACAUAUUUGAUAACAUAUUUCCUAAGUGUUACUUUGUGUUCAGUGUCGUUGAUAACAAUGACCACAAUAAGCGUAGACAGACUUCUUGCUUUGUUACUGGGUCUCAGAUACAGACAAGUUGUAACUUUGAAAAGAACAUGUUUAAUUGCUAUUGGUGGUUGGAUUGUGUCUGUUGUCGGUGGAUCUACAUCCUUUCUGAAUCCUUCUAUAGUUUCAUUGUUCCAAUAUAUAAGUAUAGCUUUUUGUUUAGCCACUACAAUCUGUGCCUACACAAAAAUUUUCAUGUCUCUGCGUCAUAACCAAAUUCAUGUUCAGAACCAUGUUGUUCAAGGGCAAUCGAGCCAAGUAAAUACACUGAAUAAAGCUCGAUACAGAAAGGCAGUGUACAGUGCACUGUGGGUGCAGGUAACAUUGGUUAUUUGUUAUCUGCCGUUGCUUAUAGCUAUAGCUUUAACACCUCAAAGGGGAAUGCCGUUAUCUACUUACCUUGCUUUGCAAUUUACAGCUACCUUAGUGUAUUUAAACUCGUCGUUAAAACCGUUUCUGUACUGCUGGAAGAUCACAGAAGUGAGACAAGCUGUAAAAGAAACAUUGCAACAACUACACUUCUGUACCUGAACUAAGAACAUUUACUAACGAAAUUGAUAAGAAAAUAUAUAUAAGAAAACCAGACAAAUGUCCUAGCUAGUCCGAAUUGCACUUUUAAGAUUGUUUUCUGUUUUAGUGCAGAUUGUAAAGACACAAACCAUGAAAAUCAUUUGUUUAUGUUAAAAAGUUUAAUAAUCAUAAAACAAAAUGAAAAUGUCACUAAAACUAGUCAGUUAGCUAAUUAGUUCUCUGGCAAUGAAGACUACGAAGCAGGGACAUAUUCUUAAAGAGAACAGCUCAGUUGAUCGCAACAUCACACCAACAAACUCUUUUGACCAACGUUUUUUUAAAGCCAGAAGACAAUCAGAGAGCUUUACUGUUCUGCGGAAUUUACAGGAGAGGUACAAGGCGAACUUAUCUUGAAAAUACACUGCGUAAAUAACAGCUGUUGAUAAUCAUAAAAGCCACCAUGUUCAUAGUAUAAUCAAGUUUAACAAACGUCAUAAGUUCAGUUUGGUAAAACUAAUCAGGGCGUAAAAAUAUUACUUUUCCGAAUGCUUUUUCAAAAUCGAGCAAUGUUUAUUGUGGGAUAAUGAGGGCCAGUACAUGAUGCAAGUUAAAUUUGAUGGCCAAUAAAUACACAUUAACAUUGUUCUGUUGCCUAACACAGGUCAUUUUAAUAAAAGCUUGCGAGCAUACGAAGGCUUUUGUUUUUAGAUAUAAAGAAAAGUGAACCCUUAUACUGCUGGUUUGCAGGUGACGUCACAGUGGCCAUGUUGGUGGUCAAGAAUUAACAAAAGCAUUUCAUUUCUCUGAGAAGUAACCUCUAUUUUCAUUUAAAUCCUUCGAGAAAACAAUUCUAUUGUAUUGACCCCCAACAUGGUCGCUUUGUUACGUGGUUGCAAACUAAGAAUAUCCACAUGGUAACGUGAUAUCAAUGAAGGAGAAGGGGCUGUCAUCAGUCCCCCUCGGGGGAUUGCUCAGAUCACUAACUAUUACCUACUGUGGUUAUUUCCAUCGUAUCAAUUGUUUUAUCCAAAAUAAAGUCUAUUGCGAGGUCGAAUUAUUGCAGGAAUUAGUAGCAAAAGCGAAGUACUUUCUCAGCUAAGAGCUAAAGAAGACAGGUUCAUAUACAGUGCUUAAAGGAUGGAACAUCACCAUGGCCCUAGGGGACGAAACCCCCUCUUUUACAAACAUGGGCCUUGGGUUCAUAUAACAGUUGAGUACGCCACCAGUACUGCUAACUUUUGUCCCCUCUCACUUUCAAAUUCGUUUCUACGGGCCUGCAUGACAAGACAGCAUACACUAUGAAAUAUGUCUCGGGGAAAAAAAGCGGCCAGAAAACUGCUUCGAUUUGAAAGUUUGGUUGAGCUUGGUAAUUUGUAUUGCGCGUCACACAGAAAAACAGGAACACGUUGAUUUGGCCAAUUGAUUGUUUGAUGAAUCAUAAUAAAAACUUGUCUUCUCGGAGAAAUGGUAGUCUUUCGUUGUUUUCACUUUAUUUGUAAUUAAACUUUAAUUUGAAUAAUUAUUAUAGGUAAGUGCAUCAAUCUUAGCCAUCGGUAGCGGUACGGCAAACUGAGAAAGUUUUACCUCGAAUUAUGGAUUGCUUACCAGCCUACGUAAUUCAGUUUACUUUAACAAAGAGAAGAAGAAGAGCAACAGUCAACAGUCGUGAACUAAUCGAACAACAGAUAGAGGUGUUAUGUACAAGUUGCUGUAUACGGGGAAAGUAUAUAUAUAUAUAGUUUUAACUGGAUUUUUGAACUUGGUUUAGCAAAAAAAAUCAACUCACUCUACUACUUGGCAAUUUAAAACAAUGAAAAAUCAGUAAAAGGCCGAUUAAAAGCGUUCAUCUGACGGCGGGCAGUAAGGCAGUAGUGCAGGGGGCCGUUUCUCGAAAGUCCCGAUAAUAAACGGGCCCGGUAAGCUGUCUCCGUUUACAUUAAAGAUCGAGGCUUCAAUAGUUUUGCAUCUAGCAUGAUAAAACUAUCAGUUAGUGAAAGAGAAUGGAGUAGUCUGCCUGCCAGGACCGGCGCUCUUAUUCUUUAUAUUUCGAUUUGAAUAUUUGUUUUCGGGCCCGAAAAGUUACCGGGACUUUCGAGAAACGGGCCCCAGGUCCCUAGAAGUAUUUCAACGAGUCGCAAUUUUAAUGAUGUCAAGUGAUUUCUGCACCGUUCUUUGAAGUUAGUCGGUUUGCAGGCAAUUACCUUCAAGAGGGCAUUCCGGUUUCUUGACGGUAAUUGCCUCAGACAAAACGUGAUUUACCAAGCGACUGUAACGACUGGGACAGCAACAGAAUCAUACAUUGGACUCAGUAGCCACUAACUUCAAAGAACAGUACAGAAAUCACUUGAAAUCCUUCCAACACGCGAACAGAAGAAACGAGACGGAACUGUCCAAACAAGUGUGGAUCCUCAAAGAUGCCAACAGACCCUUUCACGUGCAGGGGGAAAGUACUCAGGAAUUGUAAACCAUAUGACAAGGCUAGCAAAAAUUGUAAUCUGUUCCCCCAAGAAAAAAUUGUUAAAUUUAUCAUUUGUAAAAAACAAUUAUGUACUCUGAACAAAAGAAACGAAUUAGCAAGUUCAUGCCCCUAUACAGAAAUAGAUUCACUCUCAGAAAUUUUAGAAUAACGUAACGCAACGCAACGAAACCACACGGAUCCCGAAAACCUAUUGGGGAAACUCUAUACCUCCGUGUCGACUUUGUGUCUAUUUACAAAGGUUUUAAUCACUCUGCGUCUGCCUCGUCACCAGCUUCUCGCAAUCGCAUAUUCAGAAAUUUUUAAGUUUGAGGCCUACCCAUCAUCCCCCACUCGCUGUUCUACACUCGUUUCCCCGCACCCCACAUUGAUCUCCACCCUCCUCACUUAAUAUAGCUUUGGAAAAGAAACAUUUUUCACGCGCAACAAUUCUCAGAAGCAGUCUUAAAAAUUGUUUUCUCCGCAGCAGUUGCAUCUUGUUUCAGAAAACACAGCGGAGUUGCUUGACGGCACCCCAGUGCAAACUGUAGAACUAGAAAAAUACCCUUCAGCAUGACUCCAGGGUGAAUCUGUUUUCAGAGGGUCUACCGAGUUGUGUAGCUCGGCGGCCGUUAUUCCACAAAGUCAAUCUACCGAGAUGUGAAGCUCGGCGGCGCCUUUUCAUCACUGGACUCAAUUCAAUGAUAUAUAUUAUUUACAUUUUAUUACCUUGUUUUUGCAUUAUAUUUCCUCGUUUUUGCUCUUUGUUUAAUAAAACUACAUUGCUCUCAGCCAAUCCUCAGAUUUAAGAUUUUCUUUUUCAUGUCUAUUAUUAUGAUGAAAAACAGGUUGCAUUCAAAUAAUUCCCUAAGCUCUGAAACAGUUUCAGCUUCAGUUUAUUUAUUUUUUUUAUUUGCCAGAAAAGAACUUCUUGAUACAUAUGCAUACAGACAUUCAAUAUAUUACAAAAAUGUUAUUUAAAGAUUAAAGAGACGUAAAUUGCAAGUAAAAGAAUUUUAAAAAAAUUUUCUGGCGAGGAAGCUCAAAUGGAAACCUUGGGGCUUAUUAUAUGGCUCCCUAAACUAAGACUAAACAUAAUGAAUAAAUAAACGGCAAAGUCAUACUGAAAUAUAAUUAGGAUAAAAAACAAGCAAAACAAAACGGACAAAACAGACAAAAAGCAGCAAAAAACAAGUAUUAUUUACAAAUGAUUAAUCAACUGAGAAGAAAUGUUUUUAAUCUGGAUUUAAAAAGAGAGAUAGUAGCAGCAAAAUGUUUUUGGUUAUGAAAGCCGGCAAACAUCAAAGUUGAAAACAACGGUGCUGUAGUUUAUGUUGGAAGCUCCCUGACCGUGCACAAUCCUUUGUUUUUUGUUCACAAAUUGUGACUGAAUAAAUUUAUGCCAUGUUUCUAUUGGUCAGUAAGUUCAAAAUGAAAGAAAUGCUAUUGAAAGUUGUGCACGGUCAGCUCCAAAAAAGCUAACAAAAACAUACAACAAAGGAGUCGAACGGUCUUCAGAACCAUUCCACUUUAAUAAUUAUCAGAAGACUCAUUUUUUCUUUUGCCUUUUUUGCCGGGAUUUGAACUUCCAUAUGAUUUUGUUACCGGAAUAUUCGGGAUUGUUGACUGA